UCGGGACCGGCCCGACGCGGGCACGAGCGGGACCGGCAGCGCGCCCCACGGCCCCCCAAAAACACGGCAGGCGGCCAUGGAGGCGGCGGUGCCGGCGGAGGAGGCCUUGGUGCUGGUGGAGUACGGCUUCGAGUACCGGGCCAAGGACGGGACCUUGGUCUCCAUCAAACCCAACGAGCGCUACGUCCUCCUGAAACGAACCAACCACCACUGGUGGCACGUCAGGAGGAGCGGGGACCCCCGGCCCUUCUACAUCCCGGCACAGUACGUCAAGGAGCUGCCCCCCAUGGCAGCCCCGGCCCCGCUCGAGUCCCCGCGCACCGGGACGGAACCGACGGCUCUCGGCCCACCGGAGCCCACGGCGUACGAGUACCGGUUCAUCCGGGCAGCUGGGAGAGAGCCAGGAGGAUGCUCCCUGCUCCACGGGGACACGGAGACACGCAGGGACACGGAGACACGCAGGGACUCGGUGCCCCAAAGGGACCCCACGACCCGGAGGGACUCAGUCCCCAGGAAGGGUUCGGUGUUCCGGAGAGACCCAGUGCCUCAGGACUUGAUGGCCCAGAGGGACUCGGUGCCACCAAGGGACACGGUGCCCAGGAGGGACGUGGUGGCCCAGGACAUGGUGGCCCAAAGGGAGUCCCCACCCCUGCUCAGCUCAUUCAGGGUCCCCCCGGGGCUGAGCCCCCUCCCCGCAGAGCCCGUGCGUCCCUCACAGUCCCUGGAUGAUCUGGCACCACGCGGGGCCACCACCGUGGGGACCCGUGGGGACAUCCCUGGACACCCCUUCCCACUCAGCAAGAGCCACUCCGAGACCCUCUGUGCCUCCAGCAAGGACAAGGACACCACAAGGAGGUGGUCUGGGUCUGGCCAUGGGGCUCAGGCACCCAAGGAGCCCCCGGACCAGUCUGCCCCCAUCUACCUCAACCUCCAGGAGCUGCAGGGAGCAGCAGUGGGUGCCGAGGAGCCCGGCAGCUCCGGGUGGGAGUGGGAGACCCACAGGGACACGGAGAGCGGCCACGUGUUUUAUUACCACCCGGGCACGGGCGAGACCACCUGGGACUGUCCCUUUGGGCAGGGGGAGGAUGCAGGGACCCCCCCCAGCUCCCCCACCUCCUCACUGGCCCCCAGCCCCGAGCUGUCCCCGUGGGAGCAGCACCUGGACCAGGGCAGUGGCCAGGCCUUCUUCUACAACUGGGUGACAGGGGAGACAUCGUGGGAACCCCCCCCCACGGGGGACGGAGCCAUCCCCAGGGAGCUGCACCCCGGGGGGACACGGGACGGGGCCAUGGAGCAGAGGCCCCCCACCCCAGAAGCAGAUUACCCCGAGCUGUCCCCAGAGGAGCUGGGGGGCUGUCCCGAGGAGGACUCCUCACCCCUGGGCUCCUACCAGAGGGGGGCACCUUCUGCCUGCCCCCCCCCCCAGCACCCGGAGGAGCUGGGACCCUCCCCAGGCUGGGGUGGGCAGGGACAUCCCGAGGGACCUGGGGACUGCCCUGAGCUCCUUGGGACUGAGAAGUGGAAGAGCCUGGAGAAAGCUGGGGUGCUGAACAGGACCAAGACUGCAGAUAAGGGGAAGAGGAUCCGGAAGAAUUGGAGCUCCUCCUGGACCGUGCUGGAGGGACCCAUCCUCACCUUCUUCAAGGACACCAAACACUCACCUGCUGCAGCCCUGCGUCACCCCAGCACCCUGAGCACCCCUGAGCACACGGUGGAGCUGUGUGGGGCCACCCUCACCUGGGCCACCAGGGACAAGUCCAGCAAGAAGCACGUCCUGGAGCUGAGGACACGAGAGGGCUCAGCCUUCCUCCUCCAGCACGACUCGGAGCAGAUCAUGGCUGCCUGGCACCAGGCCAUCAGCAGUGGCAUCAGCAGGAUGGGCACCCACCACCCCGGGGAGGAGGAACCUGAGAGCAGGACAGAGUGCGGCACCCGGGAGAAGCUGGGGGGAGAGGACAGGAGGGCAGAUCCCCGGGGAGCCCUGGGACAUGUGAGGGGCGUGGUGUCCCCAGCAGUGUCCGGGCAGGGGACAGGAGGGGACAGCGAGGCCAGCAAAGUGCGGAACAAGCUGCGCAAAUUCCUGCAGCGGCGACCGACGGCACAGAGCCUGAGGGAGAGGGGCUACAUCAGGGACCCGGUGUUCGGCUGCCCCCUGGCAGUGCUGUGCGAGCGGGAGAGGGGGACAGUGCCACGAUUUGUCCUGCAGUGCAUCCAGAGCGUGGAGAGGAGAGGCCUGGACAUCGAUGGCCUCUAUCGCAUCAGCGGCAACUUGGCCACCAUCCAGAAACUGCGCUACAAGGUGGAGCACGACGAGCGCCUGGACCUGGAUGAUGGGCGCUGGGAGGACGUUCACCUGGUGACAGGAGCUCUGAAGCUUUUCUUCAGGGAACUCCCAGAGCCACUUGUCCCCUUCAGCCACUUCGACAAGUUCAUCGCUGCCAUCAAGCUGCAGGACCCAGCCAGACGUGGCCGAUGUCUCUGUCACCUCGUGUCCUCCCUCCCUCCCGCCCACCAUGACACCAUGCGUGUCCUCUUCCGACACCUCUGCAGGGUGACACAGUUCCAGGAGCAGAACCGAAUGUCCCUGCAGGGCAUCUCCAUCGUUUUUGGCCCCACGCUGCUGCGGCCCCCGGGCCCCGAGCCCAACGUGGCCGCACACGCGGUGUUCCAGAACCAGGUGGUGGCCCUGGUGGGCUCCAUGAAGGGGAACGUGGUGGCCCAGCUGGCUCCAGAGACCCCAAGCACCCUGUGUCCCUCUGCCACCUGACCCUGCUGACCCUCCCAGGGGGUGCGGGGGGGUGGGGUCCCCAUCGGUCAGGAGGGGACAAUGGAGCCCCGAGGUCCCCGGGCUGAGGGGUGGAGGUCCCAGCUGGGCAGUGCCCGAGGGGACAGUGCCACCAAUGGGGGGCAGGGACCUCCACCUUAUUCCUGAAUAAA